AAAUUAAAGCCCAUAGACUUCUAUGAGAUUCCAUGCUGGGAGUUGUAGUCUUGCAACGGCUGGAGGCAAAAAAAAAAGAAAAUUUGGAUUUAAAAAAAGAAAUUGACAAAUUUGUGGUUACAAGUGCGGAAUUUCCUUGCUCAGCCUGCGGUUCUUCCCAAAGACCAGACCCCAGCAGACAUUCCUGUUCUCCUUGUUGACGGUCCUCAGAACACUAUACAGUAGGCGCAGCCGAAAUGUUAUCAUUCGUGUAAGCACCGUGUCACGUCACCCGCCUUGGAGAUGAGUCGCACACCAUGGAAUUGGCCCCGGGCUCGUGUUUUCCUUGUAUUCACCUGAGCAACCGUAAUUGGGAGGUGGAUUCUGCAAUGUCCCCAGGGGGAUGGAAGGCUCAGCUGUAAGAUUCAAGUCACAUCCUUACAAGAAAGUCCAUCCCUGAAUGGGUUAAGGCCAGGAAUCCUGGGUAGGAGGUGUGAUCUCAGCAUGUUUUAGGGAGGAGGGGUUUUCUACACCUGUGUCAAUAGGUAACUCAUUCCCCCAUACUGAUCAGCACUGAGCGUACAGGAGGUAGUGGAGACCAGGAGCUACAGAACCAGCCAAGGGCACAUGAAGUGAAGACCUUGGAUGCCGCAGCUUCUCUUCCAUAUCAAAGUUUACAGACAUGUAUCCGAAUUCUCCUCCACCCUAUUAUGACAAUAACGGGUACCAACCGGAAUACAGCAACAUCUACGACAACCCAGUUCCACCUAAUGUAUAUCAGCCGUAUCCUAUUCCCCCACCAUACGUUUCCCAGGUGCCGCAGUACCUACCUCAGGUGACGCCUCAUCAGGCUGUGACAGUUAAUCAAUACGCAUCCUCCAAAUCGUGGUUCUCAUUAAGUAAGAGAAAAAUCACUUGCAUAGCGGUCGCUCUCAUCUUCCUGGUUGUGGCGAUCAUCAUCGCUGCGGUUCUCUGCUGGUAUUUCUUAACUACACAUUGUCCAAGGAAAUGCGGCACCUCGUCGAGUUGCGUCCGUGCUUCUCAGUGGUGUGACGGCACGCUGGACUGCCCCGGGGGAGAAGACGAGGCGUAUUGUGUGCGGCUCUACGGCCAGAAUUUUAUAUUACAAGCCUAUUCCCCGACAAAAUCUGCAUGGCUGAGCGUGUGCUUCGAUGACUGGCGUUCGAUGUACGGAUCCAUGGUCUGCCAAGCCAUGGGCUACAAGGCGUACAGUUAUUAUAAUGAUUAUCUGGAAGAUGUCACCUCAGAUUUAAGAGCGUUCGCCAGUAUAAAUACCAGCGUGCCCUUCACCAAGUUAUACAGGAGCAUAAGGACAAGGGAUUAUUGUCCUUCUGGAAAAGUGGUCAAACUGAGGUGCAUAAAUUGUGGGGUAUCGACCAAGCAGGCGACUUCUAGCAGGAUAGUUGGCGGAACAUCGGCUAAGAGUGGAGACUGGCCGUGGCAAGUGAGUCUGCAGGUCAGGCAAUCGCAUGUCUGCGGAGGGUCUAUUAUCACUCCCGACUGGAUACUUACGGCGGCGCAUUGUGUUGAGGGGAAUUACGUUUACCCCUCGCUGUGGACGGCCUACGCCGGAUCCAUCCAAAGAUCAGGCGGUCAGGCGCUUCUUGUGGAAAGAAUCAUUUCACACCCAAAUUAUAACAGCGAAACCAAGGACCAUGACAUCGCCCUCAUGAAGCUAAAGACCAGUUUGUCAUUUACUGGAAGUAACAUAAAGCCUGUAUGUUUACCCAAUGCUGGAAUGCCAUGGACAGAUACACAAUCCAGUUGGAUCUCAGGAUGGGGGUACACAAAGCAAGGAGGGACAACCUCUAGUGUACUGAUGGCAGCCAAUAUCCCUCUGAUCAGCUCUACAACCUGCAAUAGUCCUUCUGUUUACAAUGGAGUCAUCACUUCUACCAUGAUAUGCGCAGGUUACCUCUCCGGAGGAGUCGAUACUUGUCAGGGUGACAGUGGGGGCCCGCUAGUCACCAAGACCAACAACUUGUGGUGGAUUGUCGGGGACACGAGCUGGGGGGACUGGUUGUGCCCAACGAAACAAGCCUGGAGUCUAUGGGAACGUUACAGUGUUCUUGGAGUGGAUCUACCAGCAGAUGCAGACGUACACAUGAUGGAUCAGCGCCCUACGACAAGGACUUCAUGACUGUAUCUAUAUUUAUACCAUUCGCUGCAAUGUGCCGGCCAUCAGAACCGUUUUCCCGCUCCUAUGGGUAUAGGAGGCUUCGCUGCACAGCCGGACAAGGGACUGACCGCCUGUGAAAAUGCAUCAGCGCCAUCUAGUGCUCAUUGUACAUAUUUUUCUUUUCUCUGGUUGUAUAUAGCUGUACAGUUCUGUAACCCUGGAUGGUUUAACUUCACGUGCCAUUUGUGAGUUGCUGUUGUUGUUGCUGUUGUUGCUGUUGUUGUUGUUGCUGUUGUCGUUGUUGCUGUUGCUGUUGUUGCUGUUGCUGUUGUUGUUGCUGUUGUUGUUGCUGUUGUUGCUGUUGUUGUUGUUGCUUUUGAAUAUGAAUGUGUCAAAUGGCCGAUGCACUGUUUUUAUAUAAUAUCGGGUGAUGCGUAAUUAUUUCGUUAGAUUCGUGAAAGCCAAAUCCUGCUAAAGUGAGGGGGGGGGGGGAAAACAAUGAUGCCACACCCCCUACAUUUCUCUAUGGCAGUGGUCUCCAAACUGUAGACCUCCAGCUGUUGCAAAACUACAACUCCUAGCAUGCCCGGACAGCCAACGGCUGUCCGGGCAUGCUGGGAGUUGUAGUUUUGCAACAGCUGGAGGCACCCUGGUUAGGAAAUGCUGCUCUUACGUAAAACCACGUAAACGCAUAGUAGCUGUAUGCGCCAAUGCAUAACAUUCGGAUCAAUAGGAAUCGUGGUUGCAAAAGUCUACAUACGCUGUAACUAAAACUGUAUCUAUAGUUGGCGCAUUUUAUUUAAUUUUUUUUUUAUUAUUAUUUUUUGUAUACAAUAUCUUUAUUAUUUCCUUUUCUUACUUGUUUAACCUUGUGCUCGGAAAUCAUUUCAUAGUCUGUAGUACCUGACUGCCGGACAGAUGGGAGACGGGUCGGUUCAUUUCAUGCCUAUACAGCACAAGGGCUCAAUCAGAAUAUUCCAGUACUUAGGUGCCGCCUAUCCUCUGUGCCGCCAUAUGGUGCUGGAUCACCUAGAUAUUAUCCCCCUAGAAGCAAUGAGUUCUUAAAGGGGGUAUUC